AUGCGGCCUUUGCGGCGAAGCUCCGGGCACCUUGCGUCCCUCGGCUGCUUCCUCUUCUUCCUCCUCCUCCCGCUGCUGUCCCGCGGCGCGGACAUGCCGGUGGGGUCGACCCUGUCGCCGAGCAACUCGGCGACGUGGACGUCGCCCAACAACACCUUCUCGCUCGGCUUCACGGCGUCCGCGUCCUCCCCGUCGCUCUUCGUCGCCGCGAUCUCCUACGCCGGCGGCGUGCCCGUCUGGUCCGCGGGCGCCGGCGCCGCCGUUGACUUGGGGGGCUCGCUCCGCCUCUCGUCCAACGGCGACCUCCAGCUCGUCAACGGCUCCGGGGCCGUGCUCUGGUCGUCCAACACGGGGGGCCAGAACGUGUCCGCCGCGGCCGUCCAGGAGAGCGGAAACCUCGUGCUCAAGGACUCCCGCGGCGCCACGCUGUGGCAGUCGUUCGACCACCCCACGGACACGGUGGUGAUGUCGCAGAACUUCACCUCCGGGAUGAACCUCACCUCGGGCUCCUACGUCUUCUCCGUCGACAAGGGCACGGGCAACCUCACGCUCCGGUGGACCAGCGCCGCCACCACGGUCACCUACUUCAACAAGGGGUACAACACCUCCUUCACGGGGAACAGGACGCUGAGCGCGCCCACACUCACGAUGCAGACCAACGGCAUCGUGUCCCUCACCGACGGCACCCUCACCUCCCCCGUCGUCGUCGCCUACAGCAGCAACUACGGCGAGAGCGGCGACAUGAUGCGGUUCGUGCGCCUCGACGAGGACGGCAACUUCCGCGCCUACAGCGCCGCCCGGGGCAGCAACGCCGCCACGGAGCAGUGGUCGGCGGUGGCGGACCAGUGCCAGGUGUUCGGCUACUGCGGCAACAUGGGCGUGUGCAGCUACAACGGCACGGCGCCCGUGUGCGGGUGCCCGUCCCAGAACUUCCAGCUCACCGACCCUUCCAAGCCGCGCGGCGGGUGCACGCGCAAGGUCGACCUCAACAGCUGCCCCGGAAACUCCACCAUGCUCCAGCUCGACAACACACAGUUCCUCACCUACCCGCCGGAGAUCACCACGGAGCAGUUCUUCGUCGGCAUCACCGCCUGCCGCCUCAACUGCCUCUCGGGAAGCUCCUGCGUCGCGUCCACCGCUCUCUCCGACGGCUCGGGCCUCUGCUUCCUCAAGGUCUCCAACUUCGUGAGCGGCUACCAGUCGGCCGCGCUGCCCAGCACGUCCUUCGUCAAGGUCUGCUCCCCGCCGUUGCCCAACCCGGUCCUGGGCAGCACUGCGGGCGCGAACUCGCGCGGUGGCUCCGGUGUCCGCGCCUGGGUCGUCGCGGUCGUGGUCCUGGGCGUGGUGUCCGGUCUGGUGCUCUGCGAGUGGGCGCUGUGGUGGUUCCUGUGCCGGCACAGCCCCAAGUACGGUCCGGCGUCGGCGCAGUACGCGCUGCUGGACUACGGUAUGGUGCUGCUGGAGACCGUCAGCGGCCGCCGCAACUUCGACGUGUCGGAGGAGACCGGGCGGAAGAAGUUCUCGGUGUGGGCGUACGAGGAGUACGAGAGGGGAAACCUCGCCGGCAUCGUCGACAGGAGGCUUCCCGCGGAGGACCUCGACAUGGCGCAGGUGGAGCGCGCGCUGCAGGUGAGCUUCUGGUGCAUCCAGGAGCAGCCGGCGCAGCGCCCGUCCAUGGGGAAGGUGGUGCAGAUGCUGGAAGGGGUCAUGGAGUUCGAGAGGCCGCCGCCCCCGAAGUCGUCCGACAGCUUCCUGAGCACCACCACGGCCACCAGCGGCGUCAGCUCCAGCUUGGUCUCGACGGUCGUUUCGUCGGGGCCCCGGUCGCGCCCGCGCCAUCGCCGAACCUGGAGCAGGAGAUGGCGCUGGGCCGCUCCGAGUCGGCCAGGAACCGUGAACGCGUGUCGCGGCAGCUGCUGUCACCGCAGCCGUACAUGA